GGCUCCAGCACGCCCGCGACCCUAGUGAGGAGAAGCGGCUCAGAAAAUGGAUGGAUGGAUGGAUAGUUUUGAAAUCAGAAGACAAAGAUAAUAGAUUGUUCAAGUAUUGUUUAAAUUACUGUAGAGGAAGGGUUUGGUAACAGAAAAAUGCAAUAUCUCAACAUUAUUGUUUAUUAUUAUGACAAUUUGGAAAUUGGGUACAGAUUUUAGCAAAAAUCAUAGAAGUUGACGAGCAUGAAUUGCACUCGCGGGCCACAUAAAAUGAUAUGGCGGGCCGCAUCUGGCCCCCGGGCCUUGAGUUUGACACCUAUGCUCUAUAGAAUAAAAUCACCUGCUUAGUUAGCCUUCUAAGAUUAUAAAGUGGAUGUAAAAUCUAUUAUUUUUUUUGAUGGUAUGAAAUUAAUGAAAAAAAUAUGAAAGUUUAUAAAAAACAUACGCCAUAAUCUGCAGAAGAUUCAACACAACAUACAGCUGUACGUUCUAAAUGUAAUAAUAUGAGAACAUCCUCAUUAAUCUUGACUGUAGGUGGGGAAUAAUAUAUAACUACAGUACUAUGCAUCAUGCUGAGAUAGGUUUUUGUAUGUUUGUAUGUUUCUUAAUACAGGAUUUAAGAUACACAAAAGGGACAAUUCAUUGUGAAUUAUUGGAGUUUUAAACAGCCGAUUGUUGCCCAUUAGAGCCAAUGAUUGUGCAGGUAUACCUAACGUUAUGAGUACAUACAGCGGUAAGAAAGAAAACAUGACAAACAAGAGUCAUUAGUGCUACAAACGCAGUGGAAAAGCGAGUAUUUAUAACGUCGGUGAAGUCAUUCUAUGAUCACGUAACACCAGACUCCAGUUGCGCAGCUUUACUCGAUAUUACGGUAGAGCCGUCACCGGUAACCAUGGCGACCUGGCUCUAACAGGAAGUGUGCUGCCUGAGAGCUUUCCAACGACAUGGUAGAGAUUGACGGCGGCUGCAAGAAAAACUGUAUCUUAGCAACCAAAGGCAGUGGGUACUCGUCGAGGGUCCCUGCAUUUGAAAAGUACUCGAGUGUUAACAAAUAUCGGCAAAAUGGGUAACUCAUUGACCAGGGCAGCAAAGUGGACCAAAGGAGGCAAACUAGAUUCCAUGCCACUGAAUGAUCUGCUUCUGGAAGAAAUCAUGCGUUUUGUGGAUGACUUCAGCUCACUGCACCCAGAGGAGGCAGAACUUUUGUUUGAGGAGCCGCUGCAAUGGAAGACCACUUUGACAGCGUCUGACUUUGAAAGGGAUUAUGACCUCAAAGACUCAGAUGGAGUAGAGUCCCAGGAAAAAGAUCAAAACGGAUGUCCAACAUUACGGCUCUCUCCCCCGAAUAUUUCUGUCCACAACUUCAACCAGCUCUCCAAUCUUGUGAAUCUAGCAAAUGAGAAUAAACUGAAAGAAGUUCAGUCGUGCCUUGAAGAAAACAGAAUGCCGAUGGUGAAGAUUCUUGGUCCCAGCUUUGCCAACAUGAAGAAGGCUGUAAAGACUGACAAAGAGGAAGGCCACCCACAGAGCAAGGACACAGACCUCAAGAUCCAGCUGCUCCGCCUUCUACUAAAUCUGGACAAACAGAUUGUUCGCAAGAUCCUUAAAGAAAUAUCAGAAAAGUUCCGGCUCAAUCCCUCCUUCGUGGAUAAUGAAGUGGAAUAUUUACAAAGCUUUUGCGGUCCAGGGGAGAAUAGGGUGUUAAAGUUGGUUCAAUACACAUCAGACUAUGAAUAUUCAAAUGGAUGUCGUGCCCCUCUCUGGAGACAGAUAGAAGGUGAGAUGUGUUACCUCGUGAUUGAGCCUUAUGACACAGAGACGCUCUACAUCACCUGUAGCAGUGCUGGAGUUUUUCUCAACAUGGGUGUCAAGCAGGAGGGAGACGAGGAUGCCUAUGAACGAACGAGUGAUGUGUUCAAGAGCCUGGUUACUUUGCUGAAGAGCAAAUCUCAACUCUUUGCUGAGAGCUUGAACUCACAGGAUAUUCGAGAACCUCCACGUACACCAAAAUUAGUGGAUGCGCAGACACAACUGUCACUUAAAAGGAUUGACAAGAGCACUACACCUUCACAACGUGAACAGGAAAAUAUAUCUGACGUCGAUGCACAGAAGGGAGCCAGGAGCAAGAGUAUAUCACGUUUUUCAGAGUCCUCUUACGCAGAACAACUGUCCUCUAUGAAACUCAAGACACGACAAACAGGGGAGGUUUUCAGUGAGACUUCAUCUGAGAGCGAUCAGAGUUAUGAGGAAGAGGAGCAGCCAGUACGCCGUCAACGAAACACAGAUCACCCCUCAGAAUACUGGCAGAUCCAGAAGCUGGUCAAGUACCUUAGGGCAGGCGACCAGACAGCCACUUUGCUGACUCUGUACGCCUUGAUGGACUAUGACCUGAUGCAAGAGACGUAUCAUCUGGCCAUCCAGGAUUCAGGUGGCCUGAAAGUCCUCACUAACAUUCUACAUUUGGACGAAGUCAAUCUCCAACUUGGAUCUCUGCGAAUCCUCAGAGAGAUCAGCCACAAUGCCCAAACCCGCCGGGCCAUCGUUGACAACGGAGGCUUGCGAAGCAUCAUUAAUGUCCUGGAUUCACGAAACAAAGACGUGAAGGCCUUAGCUGCUGAGACCAUUGCUAAUCUGACCAGCUUCCGCAGGGCAAGGAGAACUGUUAGAAAAUACAACGGUAUUAGUAAACUGGUGAAGCUGCUUGACUGUGCCCCUGAUUUAGUGAAUGUGGAUGCAAAGCAGGAGAAGGAUGUCGAGGUAGCCCGCUUUGGGGUUUUAGCACUCUGGAGCUGCAGCAGGAGUCCCAAAAACAAAGAGGCCAUCCAUAAGGCUGGCGGCAUCCCUCUACUGGGACGCUUGCUCAAGUCUCCACAGAUGAACAUGCUCAUACCUGCGGUGGGCAUCCUCCAGAACUGUGCCGACGAGGAAAGUUGUAAGAAUGCGAUUCAAACUGAGGGCCUGAUCAAAUAUUUGGUCCAAAACCUCAGCAACGACAACGAUGAACUACGAAUACAUUGUGCCAAUGUCAUCUUCAAGUGUGCAGAAAACAAGCAGACCCGCACCUUAGUGAAUGAGCACAAAGGUCUGCAGGCCCUGGUUUCACUUCUGGGAAAAAGGGAAAACAAAAAGCUCAUGGCUGCCGCCACUGGAGCCAUCUGGAAGUGUUCCCUCAGCCCGGAGAACCUGGAUGUGUUUCAAGAGCAUAAAGUCCUGGAGACCCUGAUUAGCUUGCUGACUAAUCAGCCUGAAGAGGUGUUGGUUAAUGUGGUAGGAGCCCUGGCGGAGUUCUCUCAAAAACCUGCCAACAAGAUCACCAUCCGCAAGUGUGGAGGCCUCAAACCACUAGUCCACCUACUUGUCGGAAGAAACGAGGCACUAUUGGUGAAUGUAACCCGGGUGGUGGAGGCCUGUGCCACAGAUAUGGACAACAUGGCGAUCAUUCAGGAGCUCGAUGCAAUCCGCUGGGUAUGGAGUUUGUUGAAAAACCCGAGCCCAGACGUUCAGUCCAGUGCUGCAUGGGCCCUUUGUCCAUGUAUUGAGAAUGCAAAGGAAGCAGGGGAAAUGGUGAGCUCCCUGAUGGGAGCCAUGGAGCUGGUCAUUGAUUUGCUGAAGUCAUCCAACGAUGAUGUUCUGGCAAGCAUGUGUGCUGUCAUAGCCCAAAUCGCCAAAGACAAGUACAAUUUGGCAGUUCUGACCGAUUAUGAGGUGGUCUUGCUGCUGGCCAAGCUGACUGACAAACCCAAUGACCUACUCCGCUGCCACCUGGCUCAGGCCAUCGCCCAGUGCUGCACGUGGCGCAACAACAGGGCGACCUUCGGGGAGGCGGGAGUGGUGCCCCACCUGGUGCAUUACUUAAAGUCACAGGACAUGAAAGUCCGCCACAGUACAGUGAUGGCCCUGCAUCAGUUGUCCAAGGAGUCAAACAAUUGCAUCAUCAUGCACGGUGAAGGAGUGGUAAAGCCUAUGACCCACUUCGCGGGCGCUGAUGAUCAGAAGGUUAGCAAAGCCGCCACCGAAUGCCUGCGCAACAUUCAUCUGCUCUUUCCAGACCAGCCCAGGGCCAAAAAAUCAGCACCACGCAUAUCCAUUACUUCAUGAAGAUGAGGGAAAAUGAGUGCCCCUCUAUUUGCCUCAGCACUGUGCCUCAACUGCCAUGUCUCACCAUUGGCCUGACUUUCACCUGGGGUUACAAAGGAGACAUUGUAGCUGAGUAAUUUUGGAAAUACAAAGGAACCUCAAGGUCGAUCAUAAUCACUUCUGGGAUGCUCGUCUGAUUUGUGGAUAUUGUGAAAUAACAGGACAUAAUGUUUUAGUGUCAAACUUGCAUCAUAAAACCUAUUGACUGAAAUGUUUUCAGUUACAUUUCAACAUUUCAUCCCCCCAAGCGGAGAACAAAAGAGGACUAGCUGACAAUUUGAACACCUACUGCAGAUUUGAAAAGGACAGUUUCACAUCUCACACCCACCCAGCCGUACCACUGACCACCAUCGCACCUUUGACUUCUUUGUUAACCAUUCGACGCAGUCAACAUGGGACUGCACUUCAUCCUAGAACACCUCGACGGCGCAGGGACUUACGCGAGGAUCCUGUUUGUGGACUUCAGUUCUGCGUUCAACACCUUCAUCCCCGAACCCUCUCCUCAUCCACACGCAUCAACAACGGGGCGCCCAUAUGUUUUUUUUUAACCACGAUUAACCAGCGAUUUUAACCCCCCCCCCCCCCCGCCCCUGCGACCUCAGCCUGAGAGAUAGGAGAACUCCCGGACUGUAGUUAUUCCUUCAAAGGCAGGUCGCUAGAAUUGAGGAGGUCUUGGAAGUAUUCUCCCCACUGGCCUACAAUAUCCCAAGAUGAGGUCAGACACAGCCCCUCCCCACCAGACACUGUUGAUAGUUUUUGCCAUAGCGACUGCAGAAGCCACAAUCUGCAUGACCACCUGAUACCCAUUAGCUCUCUCAGAGGUCCCACGGGCAAAAAAGGCCCAAUUAGACUCCAUAUAACUUAGAGGUGCAGAACAUGGCCUACUAAGAAAUUGUGCCCAGCCUCCCCAGGGACAUGGUCUCAGUUCUGCUGUAAGUGGGAAUUGAAGGGGUCUGUGCUACACGUCUGCCAGGCAUCCUUCCUCACCAUCGAAGCUAAUACACCUUAAGAGGGUGAUCACUUUACAGCUUCUUCACCCAAUGUCCAAAAGAUGCAGCAGUAAGUCUGAUGGCAAGACCACCAAGUCGAUAAUGGAGAUGUGGUAUGGUGCGAAAUGUACAUAAACAAAAUUUAACACAAUUUCUGCUGCAAAAUAUUCAUUUCAACUACAUUUAGGUGAAUCGUCAUCAACUCAUGCAAUUUGUCAAAGGGUUUUGCAACCCAACCUUCAGUGAUGGAUGCAGCUAUCGUGCAGCAUGUUAAGACACAGGCCUUUAAAGGCGAAUGGGCGGAUCAAGUAAAGCAAGUUUUCUUUUGAGGUAUCCCACAUUUCCCUAGAUGCUCUGCAAAAAUAUUUCAUAAAAGUAAUGAAUAGAGUAGAGGUUUUCUUAAAGUAUUGGAAGCAGCUUUCCGUACCCCUUUUCAAUGCCAUUUUUAAUAUAAGAUCACAGCAGUUGGCAGCAGUUUUGUCUUGCUGCAUUGCCAUAAAAAAUAUAUGUGCACACAACAGCCUCUCAGAGCUCCGUCCAAGUUGAGAGCAGCAGAACACUGCUCCUGUUCUCCACCUGUAAAUUAGCCUUUCUAUCAUUGCAGCGUGCAGGUCUCGUGGUGGGAGCGUCUGGUGUCACACUCAACCAGUGUUUGCUCAGCGGCCAUGCAUCCGCUUCCUUGCAAAUUCUCACGAAUCCUCAGACGUCUAAUGAGAUCUCCUGCUAUCCUUUUUUGGGGGGAGUUUAAAAUGUAUUUCAUGCCAUGUAUGAAUCCCGACAUUCACUUCCAUAAUGUGUAAAUACCAAGCAAUAAAUUGACAAUAAAUAAAUAGAGAAAUGAGUGAGCAAAUACCACAGCAUCUGGGUCAUAUUUCAAGCAUACAAACAUCUCCAUUAAGGCCUCAGUAAUGUUUGUUAUUACCCCAGUUUUUUGUUUGUUUGUUUGUUUUUACCUGUCCUGUUCAGCUGCAUGGCCAUGCAGAAUGGUGGAUCUGUAUGCCUUUUCUGCUGGAACAGUUUUGCUGUUUAGCAGGGGAGUUUGAAAUACUCCCUCUGCUUAUUUUUACAUUUUUUUUAUUAUUCUGAUGUUUAUUGAAAAUGCAGCCGGACAGAAAAGGCUCUUAGGGGACAGAACGGACAAGGACAAUAGGGGUGUGAACCACAUCAGAACAAUAAAUAUUUGACCACAAGUAACAUUACAAGAGUCAAAUCAUGGUUCUUAUGAGGGGGGGAGACACCCGGUGAGGACAUGCAACAACUAACCAAUAGAUCAAGAUGAGAGAGCACAGAAAAAGGGCAGGACAGGACUGUUAUUAUCCUACAAAACAUUACAGCUUUGGCCUUUAAGUACAAAGUCAAGCAUUUUUAGAUUUUAGACAAAACUUUUCAUUCAUAAAAUGUCAGUGUACCAUGAUUUUGUAUGGAAAAUUAUGUUAACAGACAUUUGAAAUUGCCUCAGUGCUAGUAAAGAAUAAUUAUGGUAGAACGUAGGCAUACUACCUGAGUCAGCAGGUAUUAUUUUCUGAACUGUGAUUUGCAUCUCUGUUGUCUGUCCUACUUGGGCUGGACUCUUGUCAUGGGCCGACAUUUCUGUCACUGUUCUUGCAAUCAUUGGGCCUUGUACAUGUCAGUCAUUAUAUGCAGCACCAAUGAUAUUCUGGUCGCAAACAAACCACCCUAAAAUGUAGUUUUAAGUAAUUGUCACAAUAGAAACUGAGCUACAGUAUGCUAGAAAAAUUGUAUUCUGGUUCAAGAAGUCUUUACUGAAUGUCUGAAAAGGGACACAAGUGAUCCCACUCCUCAUUUUAUUUGUUUACUCAGUAAACAUUUCCUUGGGUAGUUUAUGUUCUUAGGCACAUAGUUUUUACUGCAGUAGAUCAUCCUCAAUGGUUUAAUCAGGGCAACUGGACUGUUUUUGUUUGUUGAAGAUGUUUAACCUUUAAUCUAAAAGGCUUCUUUGGUUCUAAAUUUUAGUUGUGGAGUCUCCCUAUUGAUGCCUCAGUGGGUGUGUGCCCUCGGGGUGAUCAACAAUGGUUGUGUUGCUGUUGUCCGGCUUGGUUAGUAAAACAACCGUCUUGCAUACCAAUCAGUCAUUGACUCGUCUUGUGGUAAAACAGCUCGGUAGGCCCACUCUUCCGUCAAAUGAGGCGAUCUUUGAGGGGAGCAAUGUUAUAAGCAGACGAUAGGUGAUGCCUCAAACCUAGUUUGUGUCUAGUUUCACAUAGAUAGCUUUCUUUUA